GCGCGAUAUGGUUGUAGUAGCGUCUCCUGGCGCAGGUGAAACUCAGCUGUUGAAACCUCACCAAGUGUUGGUACGUCCCAGCUGUUGAAACUUCACCAAGUGUUGGUACGUCCCAGCUGUUGAAACUUCACCAAGUGUUGGUACGUCCCAGCUGUUGAAACUUCACCAAGUGUUGGUACGUCCCAGCUGUUGAAACUUCACCAAGUGUUGGUACGUCCCAGCUGUUGAAACGCCGCCAGGUGUGAUACGUCCCAGCUGUUGAAACUUCACCCAGUGUUGGUCCGUCCCAGCUGUUGAAACUUCACCAAAGAGUGCUACGUCCCAGCUGUUGAAAGGCCGCCAAGUGCAGGCCAUCACCAUGAAGGUGUCGGUGAGGGUGCGAGGCGAGUGGCUGGCAGUGCCGUGCGGCGAUGGUGAACACGACAUCGCCUGGCUCGGCCGUGAAGCCGUUGGUCGCUAUCACAAGACCCUCAAUAGGAGCGUCCCACGAGGCACUCAUGACAGCAACCACAAAGCCCAGGCAGCCGAGCAAGUCUCGGAGUCGAGCGCUGUCGUCGCCGCCGUCAGGAAGACGAGAGGGGGAGCCCUGCUGGCGCCUAGUGACCUCAUCAAAGAUGUUCUCGAUGAUGAAGACUUCGUUAGUGUUGUUCUGGAGAAUGAUCGGCCUCAUCCUGUGAUGGUCAUGCCUGGGAUGUCCUUCAUUCCUGAACAAAUUCCCAGCAAGUACGUGGCGCCUUCAGAGUACCUCACACUGGAUGGCAACUCCCUCAACCCCGACGACCUGGUCACCCUCGGCGCCGGCGGCCUCAAGAUCAGGCUGAGUUCCGAGGCGGAGAACCGCGUGCUGGAGUCCCGGGCGCUGGUCGAGCGCAUCGUCGCUGAGCAGAAAGUUGUGUAUGGCAUCACAACAGGCUUCGGCAAGUUCGCCAGAAAAGUUAUUUCUCAGGAGAAUUUGGGGAAGUUGCAGCUGAACUUGAUCCGGUCGCACGCUGCAGGCGUCGGCGCACCGCUGUCGCCGGAGAAGACGCGGAUGUUGCUUGCCCUCCGCAUCAACGUGCUCGCCAAGGGCUGCUCCGGCAUUUCUCUGCCUGCUCUGCGCUGCCUCAUCAACGCCUUCAACGCUUCGUGUCUGCCGUGGGUGCCGGAGAAGGGCACCGUGGGAGCCUCAGGAGACCUCGCCCCGCUCAGCCACCUGGCGCUGGGGAUGUUGGGGGAGGGGCGCAUGUGGAGCCCCAGCACUGGCUGGGGCGAUGCCAAAUAUGUGAUGGAGUCCCACAAUCUGAAGCCCAUCGUGCUUGGGGCCAAGGAAGGCCUGGCGCUCAUCAACGGCACUCAGUUCAUCACCGCCAUCGGCACGCUGGCGCUCAGUAAGGCGGAGAACAUCGUGCGGCAGUGCGACGUUGUGGCCGCCCUCACCCUCGAGGUUAUGAAAGGCACCAGCCGAGCCUUCGAUAGUG